UCGCAGAAGUGUAAUUUAAGGAGAAUUCCAAACGAAGCAAAAUUGGUUGGUUUGAAGAGAACUGGAUAGAUGAAAUGUCAUCUAUAAUGGGUUUUAGUUGCUCCAAAUACCAAGGAAAAAAAAUAGAGGAAUGAGUUUAAUCAGCAUGGAAAUUACCAAAGCUGGUAUAACGUGCAAUGCAGAGAUUUAUCAAACUCUGAUUUUAUGAUGGCAAUGUGACUUUGUAUGAAAUACCUUUCAGCGACGUUAGAAUGACAAACACAUUGCGAACGAGGAUGCAGAUUAAUGGCAAUGUGCGUCAUCUGUUCGAGAUAUGAGAAAUCUUGGUUCUAUUUGUGGUAGUAGUGUGCAUCAUUUGGUAGCAAUCCUGUCUACUGACAACCUUUCCUGAUCCUUAUAUGUCCUUUGCAGAGUGGUUCUUUAGCCUCAAGGAUCAAAUGUCGGAUGAGCAGAUUGCCCGCCUUGUCUGCUGUUUAUGGAGUAUUUGGAAGGCUCGAAAUGGUUUCAUCUUUGAGAGCAGGGCUAUUUCCCCAGCCAUCACGGCGACUUUAGCUAAUCGUGAAUUCAUGAACAUCAACGAAGCUCGAGAGACAACCUCACUGUCCUCGAUCCUGAGAUCAGCUAGUUGUCAUUCUCAGCCUAGGGGAUCCCGUCGAAACCCCUCACCACCGCCUGGCCCUUUUGAACGAAUUGUGCACUGUGACGGCUCCUUUGUUUCGGAGUCUCAGUUGGCGGCUUGUGGGAUUACCAUUGCUGAUGCCCACGGUCAGGUGAUUGACGGCAAGGCUGAGAGGUUCUAUUGUUCCUACCCGAUUCAGGCAGAAGCAUUUGCUUUUCUGGGUGCUGUGGUGUUGGCGGCCCAAGUGUCAUGUCCGACGUGUAUCAAAAGCGACUGCCAACGUUUGAUUGUGGCUCUUAUUCAAGACCCCUGCGAUUGGCCUUGGCAAUGUCGUGCAACCGUGGCCCGGAUUGUGUCUCUUCUUCAGGGGGCUCCUUGGAUCAAGUUGUCCUUCGUUCCUCGGCGAUUUAAUUCUCUUGCGGAUUGGGUUGCUAGGAAUGCCCGACUUGAUCUCUUACCACAAGAUUGGAUUGUCAUUGCAAAUUUGAUUUCACCCUUGUUGUAGCCUUUUGGUUCUGCUUGUCUGGUUUGGUAUAAUAGAAGAUGUUCCAUUGUCAAAAAAAAAAAAAAAUGGUAGCAAUCCUGUCAGGGAGGCCCUUGUAUUCAUGGGGAUCAUGGUCUUCGUGCCUAGAACAUCAAACGUCAUCAUAGUCUUAUAACAGGUUGUGUUAGGCCUGUAACCCCAGAUUUAAUUUGUCUACGAUGUCACUCAAAUAGCGAUUGUGGAUAAGAGUUUUUCGUCAUAACAAAAAGAAGGAUGUACACAUUGGUUACGCUGCUAAUAUGGAGAAACAAAAUGAAGAACACUUUUUAGGAUACGAUCACUAGUAACGUAGUUUAGUAUACCAUACAUCCGCAAAAAUAUAUUAGUAUCUUUCACGAGAUAAGCAAGGCAAAACAGAAUGAAGAACAAUCUUUAGUUACAAAUCGAAAUAUGAUAGAUUAUUAGUAUAUCCCCGCUCGCUACUGCUUCACGUGUUAGCGAGAAUAUGAUAUUUUAAAGAUUAACAUUUUGAAUGUUAACCGAAGAGUGAAAGAAUAUUUCAUUGUUUGGGAUUACUAUGAUCUAUACAUAAUACUAGCCCUGCCAGUGAAGUUGCAAGACUCAUGGGUUUGGAUUCAAUGCCUACAACAUCAGCUCUAACACUACAGGAAAAUCAGCUUUUGAUCACGGUAAAUCCCGUGACUAUAUGGCCAAAUCCCGUGAUUAAUUUAAUUAGUCACAGGUACUUUCCCCUGACAAGUGUGCCCGUGAUGAAAGAUCUACCAUUACGAGAUAUCCUGUGACCAAAAAUAAUCAAUCACGGGAAAUAUCCCGUGAUGAUAUUCCCCUUUAAUCACAGGUAAAACCCGUAAUUAAGUAACAACCACGGGAAAUGCCCCGUGGCAAGUUGCAAUGUUAACCAUGAUAAAAUCCAAUUACUGUAAUUAGCUAUAAUCAUGGAAUACUACUAUUACUAUUGAUCAUUGAUGGAUACAACAUAGCGUCAUUUCAAUAUCUAAUUUGUGUACUUAAAAUAAAAGGUAAAACAACUAUAAUGUCAUACUUAAUAAAAAGAUACAAAUGUCAAUGUGUACACGAUAAAAGAGUAACAAAAUUAUGGUUAAGCACAAAUCAAAAAGACCAUUGAUUCCCACUAAUGUCAACAUUACACGAAGAAAACUAUGCAAUAAGCUAUAAUCAUUUCAAGAAGAAGUUGAAAACCCCAAAUAAUGGAGGACGGUAAGUUGAAAUUUUUCAGGACCCAAAACGUAGAGGGAGAUAGCGCCAAACUUUGUUUUGGCUCCCGCCCACUGUGUUUUUCUCCUGUCCAUCAAUUGUCACAAGAAGCUAUUCUUUAACAAACAACAGUUACAGGAAGAUUUUCCCAUGAUAAAAAAUAUACGUUGAUUACAGGAGCAUACCCGUAAUCAAAAGUACACGUGAUUAAAGAUCUGUUUUCUUGUAGUGUAACCGAUUCCUCUUCUAAUCAACAACUCCAACCCCGCCUAGUUAGAAAUUCACUGUACAAUCAUAUGGAGUUGCUCAAUGUGUAGGAUGGACAUGCAUCAUUGGAGGCAAUCAAGGCAACCAAUUGAAAUAUUUUAGACCGAAACUCUAUCACCAAGAUCAGCUAAAUCAAUCACAGUCACUCAUAACAAGCUCUUCUCUCCAAUUAUGCGUUUGGGAUUCAUCUCGUCGAAAAACAUACCUUACAUUGUUGAGGCCCUUAAAUCCUCAUGAUACACAAGGUUUCUACCCGGUAUCAGCUUCAGGCAGCUGCAACUGUGAUGAGAGUCAUCACGCUGGGGCAGCAAACAACGCUCCGGAGAUACAAAUUUCCGCAUGCGACCUGGUGCGGAUUGUCGAGGAUAGAUUGGACUAACUCAUCAAAUACUUCAACACCACAAGUGUCAAUAAAGCCACCACGCUUGAACCCCAUGCCUUAGUGGACGUCAUCAAUAUGGCGAAUAGUCUCUACUGUAUUCUCAACAACGGAAUUAAGAUAGUCGCACAUU